AUGGCCAUGAACACAUCGUUGGAUAGGCAUCCGUCCACCAAGAAGAAGGCACUGCUUCGCUUGGGACGGAUUUUCGCCAAGAGAAAGUCACCCUUACCGGAAUCAGCACCGGAACAGACCAUCACGCCUGCUCGCACUGUUGUCAGUCUACCCAACAGCUCAUCUGCAUCAACAACCAGUGUUACGUCAUCCGGGUCUCUCGAGUUCGCUUUUGACAACGCUAAACUUGCCGCUGACACCCGUGCACAUAUUUCAGACAGCUGCAUUUCCAAUUUUUCGUCUCGGUCGAAUCCGGCAUCAGAUCCAUCCUCCAGAAAGACGUCCUCACACUUUCUGGGACGUCAUUUGAGUGUCAACAACGGACUGAUGGACCUGGCGGGCAUUGACAGGCUGUGCAUCGACCAGGAAAGAAGAAGAAGGAGCGACGGGAGUGAGGGGACAUCUGUACACCGGUCGGUGGGCGACGAAAAUGCAAACGGAAAUGAAAACGCAAACGCAAACGAGAAUAACGACAGCGACGGGUACUUGUCGAUGGUGCCGACACGUCAAUCAACGGGUCGAUCGUCACCAGGUUCGUCGUCGGCGACGCUAGUGCAGGAAGGCACGCGGGGCGCCGGGUCGACGCGUCGAUCGACGUCUACGUCUCGGCGACUGCGGAAGAGCGAGAAGCCGCCGGAACCAAGGCUGGUACCGCGUUUCAUUCUGCACGAGGACGGCACACACGAGCACCACCUUCGGAAUAUCCGGCGGCAGGAGAGGUUGGGCCAGAUGAUAAAGGAUCUUCUUGGUGCAAAGAAGCUCCGGAGCAAGGCUGUGUCGGCGAUCCCGAAGAUUUUGUCGUCUUCUAACUUGGCACAGCUUGAUAAGGAGGCCCAGGAGACGGUGGAUGCGGUUAAUAGCACGGUGCACGACCGCAAGCUGCCGCCGACAUUGUUUGCGACACUUCUCAACCAGGUGAAAGAAGGAGGAGUCAAUGUGUACACACACCGCGGGGAGGCGAUUCGGCAGCCCCAGGACCUCAUCAGUGUUGAUGGAUCGAAGUAUGAGUCGCGGUCGAAGCUGUUGAAGAGGCAGCUGAAAGGUUCGCAGGCCAAGAGUGUGGAAAAACUGGCCGGAGAGUCCUUUUUCGAGCGGUACGGCACCUGCCAGGAGAUUGUGGGCCGGGGCAGCUUUGGAGUGGUGCGUAUUGCACACAAGAAGGUGAAGCGGGCCGGAGAUCAGGCCUCUGGAGCAGCUGGAGAGCACAUGUACGCAGUUAAGGAGUUCAAGAAGCGACCGAGCGAAAGCGAGAAGAAGUACUCUCGGCGGCUCACGAAUGAAUUCUGCAUCUCGUCGUCUUUGAAGCACCCAGGCUUGAUAGAUACGUACGACUUGCUCCGGGACGCAAAAGGAGACUAUUGCGAGGUCAUGGAGUACUGUUCGGGAGGUGAUCUGUACAGUUUGAUCAUCACCGCCGGCAGACUCGAGUACGCGGAGGCCGACUGCUUUUUCAAGCAACUUGUGCGUGCCGUGCACUACAUGCACCAAAUGGGGGUUGCUCACCGGGACCUCAAGCCCGAAAAUAUCCUCCUCACGUCUGAUGGAACGAUCAAAAUUACCGAUUUCGGCAAUGCCGAGUGUUUCAAGAUGGCCUGGGAGGACGAUGUGCAGCCUGCCAGCGGAGUUUGUGGCUCUUCCCCCUACAUUGCACCUGAGGAAUACAUCCAGAGCGAGUUCGACCCCCGGCCCGUCGAUAUUUGGUCUUGCGGUGUCAUCUAUAUGGCAAUGAGGACCGGUCGCCAGCUCUGGAAAGCUGCAAAGGAUGAGGACGAGUUCUACAGCGUGUACUUGGCAAAAAGAAAGAUGCCAAGGGCUACGAGCCGAUCGAGGCCCUCAAACGGGCAAGAUGCCGAAAUGUCAUCUAUUCGAUCUUAG